AUGGAGAAGAGAGAAGUGGAGCAGCUGAAGUCGCGGCUGUGCUUCCUGCUCCUCAGCGCCCCCUGGAGUCUGCUCUGUUACUACGCAGAAGAGAUCGGCCUCAGGGCGCCUCUGCAGAUGGUUCAUGCAGAGAACUUGAACUGGUCUGAGCGAGUCCUGCAGAGGUUCUCAAUCCCGAACCUGCUGCAUAACGCGGUUCCUCUGGCGCCCCCUGACUUCUACACCUGUGCGUUCAGGGCCAACAAACUGGACCGGUUCCUGGGCAGUGACGACAAAGACAACUUCUUUAAGCCCACACAGCGCCACCAAGUGUUGUUCGAGAUCCUGUCGAGGACCCCCUAUGGCUCAGUGAGGUGGGGGCAGGUGGGCAUCAGUCGCCUCCUCAAUGACGGCGUCUUCAGCGCCGCUUUCCCACUGCACCAGGGCAGUGCAGAGCCCCCCCCACACGGCCGCCCUGCCCCUCCCAGCCUGAGGAGGGUGCUGUUCUCUCAUUGGGCGGCCUGGAGCUGCUGGAGGAGGUACCAGCCUCUGGACCACAUCCGAGAGUACUUUGGGGAGAAGAUCGCUCUGUACUUCGCUUGGCUCGGUUUCUACACUGGUUGGCUGCUCCCGGCUGCGGUCAUGGGGCUGGUGGUUUUCCUGAUGGGCUUCUGGCUCGUGCAGACGGAUGUUCCAGCGAGAGAGGUGUGUGACAGCGGCGGCUCCAUCGUCAUGUGUCCUCUGUGUAAAGACUGUCCGUUCUGGAACUACUCGAGUAUCUGCCUCACCUACAAGGCAGGUCUUCUGUUCGACAACGGCGGCACAGUCUUCCUGUCGGUGUUCAUGUCCCUGUGGGCCGUCACCUUCCUGGAAUACUGGAAGAGGACCUGCUCCGCCCUGUCCCACCGCUGGGACUGCUCCCAGUCUGAGCACAUCGAGGAGCGGCCCCGUCCAGAGUUCACCGUCAUGGCCCCGAUGACCACCAGGAACCCAGUGACCGGGGCCGAGGAGCCGUACUUCCCGAGAUCCACUCGUCUGAACCGGACCCUGACCAGCUUCUCAAUCCUCAUCAUCAUGAUAGCAGUGGUGCUGAUCUUCCUCAUUGCCAUCAUCUUGUACCGCUCCAUCAUCACCAUGGUCAUCUACAAGUCCACCACGGGUCUCAUCUCGGACUCUGUGAGUGUCCACCUGCUCCACCUCUGCUCCACACCUGCUCCACACCUGCUCCACACCUGCUCCACACCUGCUCCACACCUGCUCCACACCUGCUCCACCUGCUCUCCACCUGCUCCACACCUUCUCCACCUGCUCCACACCUGCUCCACACCUGCUCCACACCUGCUCCACACCUGCUCCACACCUGCUCCACACCUGCUCCACCUGCUCUCCACCUGCUCCACACCUUCUCCACCUGCUCCACACCUGCUCCACACCUGCUCCACACCUGCUCCACCUGCUCUCCACCUGCUCCACACCUUCUCCACCUGCUCCACACCUGCUCCACCUCUGCUCCACACCUGCUCCACAUGUGCCUGCUCCACCUGCUCCACCUCUGCUCCACACCUGCUCCACCUGCUCCACAUGUGCCUGCUCCACCUCUGCUCCACACCUGCUCCACACCUGCUCCACCUGCUCCACAUGUGCCUGCUCCACCUCUGCUCCACCUCUGCUCCACCUCUGCUCCACCUGCUCCUCACCUGCUCCACACCUGCUCCACCUGCUCCACACCUGCUCCACCUGCUCCACACCUGCUCCACCUGCUCCUCACCUGCUCCACACCUGCUCCACCUCUGCUCCACACCUGCUCCACACCUGCUCCACACCUGCUCCACCUCUGCUCCACCUCUGCUCCACACCUGCUCCACCUGCUCCACAUGUGCCUGCUCUACCUCUGCUCCACACCUGCUCCACCUCUGCUCCACCUGCUCCACCUCUGCUCCACACCUGCUCCACCUGCUCCACAUGUGCCUGCUCCACCUCUGCUCCACCUCUGCUCCACCUCUGCUCCACACCUGCUCCACCUGCUCCACCUCUGCUCCACACCUGCUCCACCUGCUCCACAUGUGCCUGCUCCACCUCUGCUCCACACCUGCUCAACCUGCUCCACAUGUGCCUGCUCCACCUGCUCCACAUGUUCCUGCUCCACCUGCUCCACACCUGCUCCACACCUGCUCCACCUGCUCCACAUGUUCCUGCUCCACCUCUGCUCCACACCUGCUCCACCUGCUCCACACCUGCUCCACCUGCUCCACACCUGCUCCACACCUGCUCCACCUGCUCCACCUCUGCUCCACACCUGCUCCACCUGCUCCACACCUGCUCCACCUGCUCCACCUCUGCUCCACACCUGCUCCACACCUGCUCCACCUGCUCCACAUGUUCCUGCUCCACCUGCUCCACCUCUGCUCCACACCUGCUCCACACCUGCUCCACCUGCUCCACAUGUGCCUGCUCCACCUGCUCCACACCUGCUCCACCUCUGCUCCACACCUGCUCCACCUCUGCUCCACACCUGCUCCACACCUGCUCCACACCUGCUCCACCUGCUCCACCUCUGCUUCACACCUGCUCAACCUGCUCCACCUCUGCUUCACACCUGCUCAACCUGCUCCACAUCUACUCUGA